GUUAGAUCGGACUAAACGGGACUGUUUUGGACCUCCAAUUGCAACCCACUUCAACUAGUGGUCAUUUACCAAACAUUAUAAGCCACCCAAAAGAAGUCAGCCAACAAGCCAUUGGUAAGCCGAGAGACUUCUCGACGGGGAAAAACCCUUGUUUUUGCUUUCCUGUUCUUCCCUCUCUAACACUUAUAAUCUAGAACACUGCAGAAUUCGGCCAACAAACUUAAAAAAUGGCAAUGAGUCAACGAAUUAGAUUAAGCCUUCCUCUUUUCCAUAAAUUAUUAGCAUCUGAAAAGAUAAACCCUAGUUUCAUAAAGGCUGAGGUCUUCAAUUUGUUUUCUGCUCAUGGUCAUCAUUCGUAUUUUACGUCUACUAGUGGAUUAGCUAGGGCUUUUCAGAGCCCUUGCAUAAAUAAUGUCUACAAUGGUAGUUGGUUGCUGUACGAGGGUUUAAAUAAAACGUUUUGUGCUAAAAGAUUGUUUCAUGGCUCAGCUGCUUUGUCAAAAAAUUAUUAUGACGUCCUUGGCGUGGGCAAGAAUGCUACUCAAUCUGAACUCAAGAAAGCUUUCUAUGCGUUGGCAAAGAAACAUCAUCCAGAUAUGAAUAAAGAUGAUCCCGAUGCUGAAAAAACAUUUCAGGAGAUUAACAAGGCUUAUGAGGUUUUGAAAGAUGAGCAAGAACGUGCAGUUUAUGAUCAGAUGGGCCAUGAAGCAUAUGUACAAGGCAAAGAAUCUGGUGGCUCUAGUUCUUAUGAGACUAGCGGUUUUAAUUUUGGUGAUCUUUUUCGGAAUCCUUUUAAUUUUGAGGACAUUUUCACCCCAAGAAAGGGCCAAGACGUGGAGUUAUCCUUAGAGCUGUCCUUCAUGGAAGCUGUGCGGGGAUGUUCUAAAACAGUGACAUAUCGAACAACCUUGCCCUGUGAAUCUUGUGGUGGAACUGGUGUUCCGCCUGGAACCAAACCCGAGACAUGUAGACGGUGUAAAGGAAAAGGCAUGAUGUUUAUGGAAAAAGGUCCAAUCGCCAUCCAGACUACUUGUGUUAGUUGUGGUGGAUCAGGGAAGAUAUAUCAGGCAACUUGCAAAUCCUGUGGUGGAUAUCGAGUGGUACAGGGAUCAAAGUCAGUCAAACUGGAUAUUGUUCCUGGUGUGGAUAAUAAUGAAAGUAUCAAGGUGUCCAGAAGUGGUGGGGCUGAUCCUGAUGGAUAUGGUCCAGGUGAUCUUUAUGUUAAAAUCAAGGUCAGAGAAGACCCAGUUUUCAGGAGAGAAGGCUCUGACAUCCAUGUUGAUGCUAUUUUAACUAUUACCCAGGCAAUUUUGGGUGGUACGAUCCAAGUUCCAACCCUUACUGGAGAUGUUGUCCUUAAGGUUCGUCCUGGGACCCAGCCAGGUCAGAAGGUUGUGCUGAAGAAAAAAGGGAUCAAAGCAAGGAACUCUUCCACUUUUGGUGAUCAGUUUGUACACUUCAAUGUUAGCAUUCCAACGAACUUGACCCGGCGGCAGCGAGAACUUAUUGAAGAAUUUGCAAAAGAAGAGCAAGGAGAAUAUGAUAACCGGGCUGAAGCAGGGGCCUCUCGAUAAUUUUGAUCAAUCUGUAUUUUCUUGGGCGGUCCAAAAAAUGGAUUCUCCAAACUCUUUCGUUUUGUGUACUUUUUGUUGAAAUUUUACCAUCACAAUAAAUUUGAUAAUUUUGCUCUUUUGUGGUAGUAUACUUACUAGAUUGUUAAUAUGUUAGGAAAGAAUAUUUAAACAUAAUAAAUUCUAGCAUUAGUAAUUUGAUUGUAGUGAUACAUGGAAUUAUUUAUGACGAAGAAUUAAGUCUACUUCUGAGACAUUGAUGUUA